GUUGAAGAAAUUUGUCGUUACCAGUUUCGUGUUUGUUUACUAUUCGUACUAGAUGUUGUAGUGUAUCAAAACACAUACAGCUGAAAUUUAUAAUUUCACUUGUAGAAUAUGUGCUAGAGGUUUUACUAAUUUCAUAUGCGGAUACCUAUCUUUCAAAGCGAUAGGCGUAAAGUAUUAUCGUCACAAAGUAAACAUGGAUGAAAAGCCAGGUAUCACAGAAGUUGUGAAGGCUGAAGCGAACAAGGAAUCGGAAAGUAACCCAGACAAGCAGACACUUCUCGCCGUGCUUCAGUUCCUUAAAAAACACAAUCUCAAAGACACGCAGGAAUUGCUACAGAAGGAAGCUAAAUUAAAAGUAGACGACGAUAGCAAUAAUACCGUUGCACAGACGAACUCUGAAGUUUCUGCUGCCCUUAGUGCAUACAAAAGUGAAGGAGAUCCAAGCAUAUAUGAGGAUCAGUACUUGACGAUCAGGGAGUUUAUUGAAGAAUCUCUGGACACGUACAAGUGCGAGCUCUCGAUGCUGUUGUAUCCAUUGUUUGUGCAUCUCUACCUCGAGUUGGUUUACAAUGAACAUGAGAGCAAAGCCAAACGCUUCUUUAUUAGGUUUAGUGCACAGCAGGAAGAUUACCUGCAGGAGGAUCUCAGACAGUUGAGGAUGGUGACCAAGAAGGAGCAUAUGGAAGAAAACGAGCACAUCAUGGAAAACUUUAGGACCAGCAAAUAUGUCAUACGUAUGUCCAGGGAUUCUUACACAUUACUGAAGCGCCACCUGCAGGCGAAGAAGAAAAACUUCCUUCUAAAUCUUAUACAGGAGCACCUUUAUAUAGAUGUAUUUGAUGGGAUUCCUAGAAACAAGAAACAGAUCACUGCAGUGGCAGGAGCACUGGGGGGAGAGGCAAGAAGAGAUGCUAAUAAGGUGAAGGUGUUCUUCGGUCUUCUGAAGGAACCUGACCUCAGUGUGCAGCUAGAGGAGGAGGAGGAAGCCGCAGAUGGCGAGGACAAGCCAAAAAAGAAGAAGCCAAAGAAGGAGCUCUUCUCCAGGAAGGCGAAGAAUGAUCCGAACGCUCCAUCUGCCACCAGAAUACCACUGCCAGAAUUAACCGAUGCAGACAAGUUGGACAAGAUUCAUGCGCUACGGGAGGCUGCGAAAAGAGUGAAACUGGGAGAAGAGAAUCUCCCUUCCAUCUGCUUCUAUACAUUCGCCAAUACAUACCAAGGUGUUUCCAGUGCUGAGAUAGCCGAGGACUCGAGCAUGAUGGCGGCUGGCUUUGCUGAUGGUGUGAUACGAGUGUGGACGUUGACGUUGAGUAAGCUACGCUGUAUGAAACCACCCAGCGAGCUAUCCAUCAUCGAUACUGAGGCAGAUGACGUGUUGGAGCGUAUGAUGGACGACCGUACGUCGGCUGAUGUGAAGGUGCUGUACGGUCACAGCGGGCCAGUGUACGCGACACGAUUCAGCCACGAUCGCAAGUACCUGAUCUCCUGCUCUGAGGAUACGAUGAUACGGAUGUGGAGCCUGCUCACCUACACCUGUCUCGUCUGCUACAAGGGGCACACGCACCCGGUGUGGGACGUCAAGUUUAGUCCACACGGCUACUACUUUGCAUCUGGGGGCCGCGACAAGGCGGCGCGAGUCUGGGCGACUGACCAACACCAGCCCGUGCGCAUCUUCGCCGGUCAUCUGUCGGAUGUCGACUGCGUCCAGUUCCACCCGAACUCGAACUACGUAGCGACGGGCUCGAGCGAUCGCACCGUGCGGCUGUGGGACGUACUCACCGGUAACUGUGUGCGCUACAUGACGGGACACAAGGCAGCAGUACAGGCGCUGUGUUUUACUCCGUGUGGCAAGAUGCUGGCGUCAGCUGGUGCAGAUUCGCUCGUACUUGUCUGGAGCAUCCAGCAUGGCAAUCUAGUCGCUCAGCUAAGCUCACACACUGACACUAUCUACUCUCUAGCAUUCAGUAGGGAGGGGAGAAUUCUCGCUACAGGCGGAAUAGAUAACUGUGUGAAGCUGUGGAACAUGCAGAAGAUCUCAGAGAACAUGGACACUGACGAUCUGGCGCUCUCGACGAUCCAUGCCAAGGUGGAGCUGGUCGACAAGCCUCUCGCCUCUUACCACACCAAGAGCACACCCGUCAUCUGCCUCCACUUCACUCGACGCAACCUUCUCAUGGCUGCCGGCGCGUAUGUGCAGACGACGCACUGAGUGUCGUCGAGCGAGACAUCUAUGUAAAUACACGUUGGUCGCGCACGAAGACGUAGGGCAGUACUGCAGUAGGGCAGUACUGUUCAGGCUGUCAGCCACGCAAAGUUGCCUGCAGUUCAUGCCGUAGCAUUCUCGGCAUGGCUGAGGCAUGUACCAACUGGGUAAUCGAGCUAAACAAGUGGUUUGCGAUAUUCGCGAAAUUGUGCAUUUGAGUCAUCAUGUAGGCUAAUUGUAACUUUUUAUAUCGAAUCGUUGUUUGUGUCGCGUGCACUUGUGAAUUAUUGUACAAUUGUAUUAUCGCGAUCGUAAUAAACUGAGUAAACUGGCACCUGA